AUGAAGUUUUUAUUGGCGAUUGCCUUUUUUAUUUUAAUUUCCUUGUGGGUUGAAGAAGCUUAUUCUAAAGAGAAGUCUUCAAAGAAAGGGAAGGGGAAAAAGAAGCAGUAUCUAUGCCCAUCCCAGCAGUCAGCAGAGGACCUUGCCCGAGUACCUGCCAACUCCACUAGCAAUAUCUUGAACAGGCUAUUGGUCAGCUAUGAUCCCAGGAUAAGACCAAAUUUUAAAGGCAUUCCUGUUGAUGUUGUAGUCAACAUUUUUAUCAACAGUUUUGGAUCCAUUCAAGAGACAACAAUGGACUAUAGAGUUAACAUCUUCUUGAGACAGAAAUGGAAUGAUCCCAGGCUGAAGCUCCCUAGUGAUUUUCGUGGCUCGGACGCACUGACAGUGGAUCCCACAAUGUACAAAUGUCUGUGGAAACCGGACUUAUUUUUUGCAAAUGAAAAAAGUGCCAAUUUUCAUGAUGUGACCCAGGAAAAUAUCCUUCUCUUUAUUUUUCGUGACGGAGAUGUUCUUGUCAGCAUGAGGCUAUCUAUUACUCUUUCAUGCCCUUUGGACUUGACCUUGUUUCCCAUGGAUACACAACGUUGCAAGAUGCAACUGGAGAGCUUUGGCUAUACAACUGAUGAUUUACGAUUUAUCUGGCAGUCAGGGGAUCCUGUUCAGUUAGAAAAAAUUGCCUUGCCUCAGUUUGAUAUUAAAAAGGAAGAUAUCGAAUAUGGUAACUGUACAAAAUACUAUAAAGGCACCGGGUACUACACCUGUGUGGAAGUCAUCUUCACCCUGAGGAGGCAGGUCGGGUUUUACAUGAUGGGUGUCUAUGCCCCGACCCUGCUGAUAGUGGUUCUCUCCUGGCUCUCCUUCUGGAUCAACCCAGACGCAAGUGCUGCCAGAGUGCCCCUGGGUAUUUUCUCAGUACUCAGCUUGGCCUCCGAGUGUACGACUCUUGCUGCUGAACUUCCCAAAGUAUCCUACGUGAAGGCUCUUGACGUAUGGCUCAUUGCUUGUCUUCUCUUUGGGUUUGCCUCACUGGUGGAGUAUGCUGUCGUCCAGGUGAUGUUGAAUAACCCCAAAAGAGUUGAAGCAGAAAAAGCCAGAAUUGCUAAGGCUGAGCAAGCAGAUGGGAAAGGUGGAAAUGCUGCUAAAAAGAAUACUGUGAAUGGUACAGGGACUCCUGUUCACAUUAGCACUUUGCAGGUUGGAGAGACAAGAUGCAAAAAGGUUUGCACUUCGAAGUCUGACCUGAGGUCUAAUGACUUCAGCAUUGUUGGAAGCUUACCAAGAGAUUUUGAAUUAUCCAAUUAUGACUGCUAUGGAAAACCUAUUGAAGUCAACAAUGGGCUUGGGAAAUCUCAGGCAAAGAACAACAAGAAGCCGCCCCCUGCCAAACCUGUUAUUCCAACAGCAGCAAAACGAAUUGAUCUUUAUGCAAGAGCAUUGUUUCCUUUCUGCUUCUUGUUCUUCAAUGUUAUAUACUGGUCUAUAUAUUUAUGAUAAAUCUUUUUCAUUUGAGUAAAAUAAAAUGCCAUUUCAUUGUGACCAGCCUCAUUCAUAAAUGCCAAUCUGAAAAAUUUUGCAUUUUCAUAGCAAUAUAUUGCAUUCUGGAUGCCAUUUGAUUGUAAUAAAAAUGUGGCACCUUACUUUUGAAUGGCAGCAUGAACUUGUUACUUCUGUGCUCUACUAAUGAUGUAUAUAUGUAUAGCAAACACAUUGCUUUAGGAAUAAAUGAAGGAUAAUCAUAGUACAUAGAAUAAAAUCCAAACGAUUCUCUUCAGUUAGUGUAAAUUGCAGAUGCUUCAGAUAAUUCUGAUAAAAUGAUGUGCACGCUGGAUCCUGUUAUGAUCACCAUUCUAAUGUACGUAGGAUUUCCAAUUUCCUUCCUUGUCACUUUCAGAGAAAGCCAUCUUAUUCUUGUAUAAUUUUAGAUGGUAUUAUCACAAAUUAAGAAAAUUAUAUUACAUAUUGUUUAAACUUGGUAAGUAGAAAUAUAUCGACUACAAGUAUGUGGGCUCUGUGGAGAAAUAAAGUUCAAAAAAUUACCAAUUAGUAAAAUCGGCUCAUUUUAAAGUGUGCCUGUGUUGUCAAAAUGCCAGCUUAUGAAACACAGUAAGCAUUUUUGAAACAAAGGGAAAUCUAGAUUUACAUAAAUUCAUACUGAAUUCUGACUUCUGAUGAAAAUAAAAAUGAAGUAUAGAUACAUUGAUUUCCGACAAAACAAAUUCUAUUUAAUCCUCCUUAAAGCCUAAAUGUAUUUUCAUGGAUUUAAUUUUUUCAUAUAGAAUAUAUGAAAUUGUUGUGCCUUAAAGAGUCACAAAUAUUUUAAAUUGGAAUGUAAUAAUAAUGGAUAUGUGAUUUCACAUAAUUUUUUAGAAACCAAGAGGAAAAUACCCUAUUACUGGAAGUAACUUGAGUUUGGGGGGAAAAAAAUCAUUGGAGGAUUUUAACUUCUUUAUUAAAAUCCUUACAUAUUUUUUAAGUAAAAUUAAUUUUUUUUCCAAAUUCAUUUCCUUUUUUAUUUUCAUACUUUUGGAUUUGCUAUAAAACUUUAAAAGAUUAAGUAUAUAAUAUCUUUGUUUAUGUUAGGUCUCACUACUAAUUGUAUUUUCUUUCUUGCUAAAAGUCUAGACUCCUUAGGUUUAUUUACUUUGAUCUUGUUUGAACCUGAAAAUAGGUACUUUCAGGUCUAUUAAGUCUCCCAUUUCCUAGUGAUACCAAGCCAAUGUACCUUUUUAUUUCUCUAUAGCUGAAAUUGGAAUUAUCCAUAAUUCUUAUAACAUAAAAAUAAGACCAAGUAAGUAUAUUUACAUUAUUUGGAGAGUUUUGUUGCAGCUGUGAGUUUAUAUGGUCUAUUCAAUAAUAAAAUGUGUUUAAAUAUUAUUUAUGCAAAUUGCUGUAUGUAAUUCAAUGCUAUUUUAUUAAAGACUUUAAUUUUUAAAAGAUUUUCACUGAUUACCAAAUUUUUAAAAAAUAAGAUGUAAUCUAAUCCUUGGUAGUCCUUCAGCACCCCCUAGUUGCAAAAGCUUAGCCAUCUGAGUAGUUUUAAAAUGCCACAGGCAACCCUACCAAUGGUCUUGAAGAUCCUGGAGGACCCAGGGCAGUAACAUUUUAAUGGAACUGUGACAGGAAAAAAAAUGCCUUGAGUAGGACUUAAACCAUUUACAAUUUUUACUUAUAAAAACUAUAUUUGUUUGCAAUAUAUUUUCUAUGUUCUUGCAAAUUUCAUUCAUAUUCAUGAGUUUGAUUUAGAUACAGAAUUUUAAAUGGGAAAUGUACCAAAUGGAAGACCGUUUUCAUUAUGCAAGAAUUUAUUGAAAAAAAUGUGAAUGAAUUCCUUUCUGUAAUAUUGUCACCUCUUAAGAUCAAUUUUAAUACCCAAUUAUAAAUAUAUAGCUGUUUCAGGACUAAGUAUGUUAUAGAACUUCAAAUGGAACAUUAGGUCGUGAUCAUAACAAAGAAGUACAAUCCGUGUCCAUGUACAGUUGUUUUAUAAUUUUACCUCAAGGAUUUAGUUGCUUAACCGCAGAGUAGUCCUGGUCUGUGUCUCUAAAUAUUAUGUCUUUCUGGGAUACUUGCAGUGUAUCUACCUGGAUAUCAGUAUCUCAGAUUCAGUGUCUCCAAAAUAAAAAUUAUCUUUUCCUCACAAAUCAGUAGGUUUUCUUAUUUCCUGUUCUUGUUAAAGAUGUCACCAUGGUAGUCAGCCAUAUUAAAUCUCCCUUCCUUCUCUCACUUUAUACCCUUUCAAGAACAGAGGUGUGGAGAUUCUCCCUCUCACCCCUACCACCUCCUCCUCUCCGUUUCUGCUGACACAACCCUAAUUCAGUUGCCCUUUCCCAUUCUUUUUCAGACUGCUACACCAGUUUUUAAUCUCUCUCCACUCUAUCUCAGCUAAUUAUUAUUAUUAUUUUGAUUAAGUAAGUUCCAUACCCAAUGUGAGACUCGAACUCAUGACCUUGAAAUCAAGUGUUGCAUGCUGCGCAAUCUGAGCCAACCAGGUGCCCCAACUCAUUUUUUAACUAACU